CUGAUCGCAAAUUCGACACCAACCAACAUAACCAACAUAACAUAGUGGAACUCUUAAUUUUUGUCAUUAUGGCCAGUCUUUUGAAGCAGAUCGUUAGUGGAUCAGAAAGUGGCUGCACAGUGACAAUUCAUGAUACAGUGGAUCAUAGUGGCAGAUACCUGCUCAAAUGCUUCUUGAAAGAAAUGGCACAGAGGGUUGAUGAGAUUCACCUGUUUGCGUUUGACCAAGCCCCCGAUGCCCUCUUAGCUGGUACUGAUCCAGAGACAAGGAGGAAGGUCAAAGGUCAUGAUGGAUGGACUGACCCUCAGGGCUGGAAUCAGGAUCGCAACGUGAUACCAUCCAACUACAAUGCAGUCCAGCUCUCGUCGGAGAAGAGUCUAGUGGAGCAUGUGAAGGACAGGAAGGGAUCGGGCAGCGGCCAAAUUGCAGUGGUCAUCGAUUCCCUCACACCGUAUAUCCUGCACCGGUCAGCCCCGUUCACUUGCAAGAGCCUUCAUGCAUUGACCCAUCUUCCAGAAACAUCAGAAUUCCAGGUCACCCAGGUGGUCAGUUUGAUCCAUUCCGACGUCCAUGACGACUCCGUCCUAAGGGCCAUCGGUCACCUAUCCUCAACGGUCAUCCAUGUAUCGGCCAACAUGUCCCUAGCCCCGCUGGACAGGGAACCCAUGGGAUACUGUGACAUCCAACACAAGAGAGCAUCAGGGAAAGUAUUACAAAAGAGAGAAGGAUAUAGCGUAGGAGAAAACUAUCAAAUCAUCACGUUCCUUGGCUUACCAAGUACUAAUACUACAUCAGAGCCAGAGCAUCAGCCUGACCCAACGGCUAAUUUGACCUUUAACUUGACCUUGAGUGAAUCAGAGAAGAAAGCCAGAGAGAAUGUUGUCUUACCUUUCACCAAAGCAUCAAACAACUCAACAACAGGAUCAGGUCAAAUCUUCUACGAACCUGACCAGGCCGACGACUACGACGACGAAGAUCCAGACGAUGAUCUCGACAUCUAGCUCAACGACCUUAGCUUUUCUUACCUUGAUGGGCCCUUUCAGAAAGGUAGUUGCAAUUCCUGCCAAAUUUUUCUUCUCUGAAAAGGGUAUUUCUUUGAGUUUUUUUACGACUGCAGAACACCACACCUUAAUCCUAAUCCUUACUGUAUUCCUGAGCCUAUGGUCCAAAUCUAAUUCUAAUCCUAUCCCUUAACCUAAAAAUAAUAAUAAUAGUAAUAUUGAUAAUAAUACCAUUCUGGUUUUUCUAUUACCCGGUAUGCUUAACACAUCGCAUAUGAUUCUGAGCACUCCUAAACCUAACCUUAUCCCCAACCCUAAGGCAUUGUGUGGGGGUUCUGCAGUUGUGAGUUGAUUAUAUUUCUUAAAGCAUGUUUUUGUGAAUGUUACUCAGGUUAGGGAGCGACAUGCCCCUGUUUUUUACAGUGACAAUAUUUGUAAUGUUGAUGAAAUGCUAUUCAUCACAGGACUUUGUUCUUCCAUAUCUUACCAAACAAAUGCAAUCUUGUUUUCUUGCAAUUUCAUCGUUUUUGUUGUCCAUAUAAGGUAUGGAAAUUUUUCGUAUUGAGUUUGUACAUACAUUUGUUUGUGUAUACAUUGAAUGUAUAUAAGGACUGUACAUAAAUAACAUGAGGACUGGACACGUACAUGUACAUGUAAUCAGUUUUUUUUUUAAUUCAUCAAAAAGAGAAAAAGAAAUACCCUAUGAAAAAAUAUAUAUCACUGAUUGAUAAAUUUCUGUCAAUACAUGAACUGAGAUAUAGAUAAUGGUAUCAUAGGAAAAAAUGUGCUACAUAAUCUCAGCUAUGGUGUGCAUAAAUGGGCAACCUGAAGAAAGCGUCCCUACAGAAAAUAACAUCCACCUUGCAUUUCAAAGGAGUGAUAUUAUACAGUGCAUCCCAGAUAAAACAAACCUGAGAAUUCUUGAUGUUUUAUCAUAACUUAAUCACAAUUAUAAUUAAUAAAUGACACAUAUUUGGA